CGGCUCCCAACGUCCAGCAAAACAUCAGUCAACAAAGUUUCAUUCUCAUUCGUACCUAAAUCGUCAUCAAAAACACAUCAAAAAUUCAUAAUUUUUUUUGCUGCACAUUUUAAGUUCAUUUGAUUAAAGAAACACUGAUUGGCAAGUCAUGGCAUUGUCUAAGAUUUCAUCAUUCAUUCGACCAGUCUCGGUUCGUGCAUUUUCAACUUCAUCUCGUCUGCUAAACGGUGAAUCUCGUGAGCCAUGGUUUGCUCUUUCUGAUGAACAAAGAGAACUUCAAGGACUUGCAAGGAAGUUUGCACGUGAAGAGAUCGCACCAGCAGCUGCAAAGUAUGACAAAUCUGGAGAGUAUCCAUGGGAUUUGGUUAAGAAGGCAUGGGAGCUUGGAUUGAUUAAUCAUCAGAUUCCAGAGCAUUGCGGUGGCCACAAAUUGAGCAUCUUUACAAGCUGUUUGAUGGCUGAGGAGCUUGCAUGGGGAUGCACUGGUAUUCAAACAGCUCUUGAAGCUACAGGUCUUGGUCAAACCCCCGUCAUUAUCGGUGGAUCAAAGGAACAGCAAAAGAAGUACCUUGGACGCCUCUUAGAAGAACCACUUUUAGCAGCUUAUUGUGUCACUGAACCACAUGCUGGAUCAGACGUAAAUGGCAUCAAAUCCCGUGCAGUCAAGAAAGGAGAUGAAUACAUCCUCAAUGGACAGAAGAUGUGGAUUACAAAUGGUGGAGUAGCCAACUGGUACUUCGUACUCGCUAGAACAUCAGAAGAUCCAAAAGCACCAGCAUCAAAAGCAUUUACAGGAUUCAUUGUUGAACGUGACUGGCCAGGCGUAACUCCAGGUCGUAAGGAGAUCAACAUGGGACAACGCGCAAGUGACACACGCGGAAUCACAUUUGAGGAUGUCAGAAUUCCAAAAGAGAAUGUCUUAACUGCUGAAGGCGCUGGAUUCAAGAUUGCUAUGGGAACAUUUGAUUUGACACGUCCACCAGUUGCUGCUGGUGCUACUGGAUUAGCACAAAGAGCUUAUGAUGAAGCAUUGAAGUACUCGAUGGAAAGAAAGACUUUCGGAGUUCCAAUUGCCAAUCACCAAGCUGUACAGUUCAUGCUAGCUGACAUGGCAAUCGGAGUUGAAUUGUCUAGAUUAGCUUAUUGGCGUGCAGCAUGGGAGGUCGACCAAGGCAGAAGGAACUCUUAUGAAGCUUCAAUUGCUAAAUGCUUCGCAGCUGAUCAAGCAAACAAGAUUGCAGCUGAUGCUGUCCAAAUCUUUGGAGGAAAUGGAUUUAACACAGACUAUCCAGUCGAGAAGCUCAUGAGAGAUGCAAAGAUAUUCCAAAUCUAUGAAGGAACAUCACAGAUCCAAAGAAUGAUUAUCGCAAGAAGCGCCUUCGAACGUGCAAAGCAAAUGAAUUAAAUUAUUUGGUGUGACUUUAGAAUCAAGACUUAAAUUUUAAUUAGGAAUUCUUGAGUAAAGAAGACAGUUGAUGACCAAGCUACAUUUCCUCAAUGUCCAAAAAUUACCAUUUUACCAACAAAUUUUUAAAGCAUUUUUUUUUAAAAUUUACACAAUUUUUUGUCUACAACGAAAUCAAAAGCUAAUUGGAUAGAUUUUAUACAAAAUAUAAUUAGAAACUAA